AUGACAGAGCGCCCCGCGGCUCCGUCGGCCGAGGCGUUCGAGGCGCACCUGCGGGCCCUCGCCAGGGCCCUGGACGUGCAGGUGGGCCUGGUGCGAAGCGCCCUGGACCUGUGCCCAGACUCCACGCGCGCGGAGCUUCUGGAGGGGGCGAUCAGCAAGGUCGAAGUCGCGAUCGGAGAUCUCCAAUCCGAUCCCCCUGUGGACGCCACCGAUGCUGGCGCCGAGAAGCCUCCAGCGACGACCGUUGUCAAUCCCAUGUUGGGCAAAGCCGGCGAAAUGUCGCAGUGCAGCCACCACAUCACCGACGGGAGUUUCUGGCAGCGCAUAUCGAUGAACUCUGGGGUGCCCGAAUGCCUCGCAAGUGAACGCGGGUCCGCCGAUGAGGUCACUGUGUCGGCCACCGUAGACACCACUUACCUCACGCGGCGCAAGGGUUCGGUGGUCAGCGAGAAGCAGGCCUCCUCAGCGUGCAUCGGCGGUAUGUUGAACCCGGCCUGGUCUCCAAGGCAGGCUUGGGAUCUGGGGGUAAUGUUGCUGAUCUUGUGCGACAGCGUCGUUCUGCCGUUCCAGCUGGCAGAAUUUCACACCGAGCCCGGAUUCGAUGAUUUCUGGCGUUGGUUCACGGUCGGAGUCUUUCUGUGCGACGUGGUGCUGAAUUUCUUCACCGGCUAUCUUGCAGGCAAGGACGACCCGAAUCGGCAGGAGGGGACCCUUGUCACCGACAGGGCCAGCGUUGCAAUCCGCUACCUUCGCGGAUGGUUCUGGAUAGAUAUGCUGAGCACUGUGCCGUGGGCCGAAGUCGUAGAUCUUUUCCAGCAGACCAGAGAGACAGAUACGUCUUCGGCGGGCCAACUUGCAAAGCUUACCAAGAUUAUCAAGCUGACGCGGCUUCUUAGGCUACUGAGGAUGUUACGCCUCGCCAAGGUGUCGGUCAUCUGGGAUCGUCUGGAGGCCCAGGUCGGAUCGAUCACCGUCUUGAAUGUGGUAAGUAUGUUGAAGGUUCUUGGCAUCUGGACUGCAAUCUGCCACUGGGGCGCCUGCGUUUGGUGGAUGGUUGGCAAGAGGGACAGUCUGGUGAUGGUCCUCACGAUGCAGGGCGACAGCACCAAUGAGCUUCACUGGACGGAGCUGCCGCGCGUGCACAGCGUGGACGAUGAUUUCGGGCAGUGGAGAUGGGUGGACAGGCCUGCGUCGGAACAAUAUGUGUUCUGUUUCUAUUGGAUCUUAGGAGUCAUGCGAACCAUGCCGGCCGAGGUCACGCCCGUGAACUUGACAGAGAGGGUAUUCGUCCUUCUCUUCAUGUUCUUCGCCGUCAUGGCCUUCGCCGUAAACAUCACCCGUAUGACUCAGGCUUGGUUCAGGUUUGGCGCGCGCAGGGACGCGUUCAAGGAGGAGAUGGCGUGCGUCCGCAUGCACCUGAGAGCGAUGAAUUGCGGGGAUGCUCUGCGGGCGCAGACGCAGACAUACCUGAGCCACCUCUUCAAUAAGAGGAAGCUCCACGCCAAGGAGAUGGGCCUGCUGGGCGCCCUGCCAGAGAACCUGAGGCGGAAGCUGAGCCAGGCACACAGAGUACAUUACCUCAGAAGGAUCCCGCAGCUAUACAAUUGGAUGGACUCAGCCUUGCAACAGGUUUGCGAUGCCACCGAUGUCGUAGACUACCUGCCCGGCGAUAAGCUUGCAGAGAGGGACCACGACGCCGAGGCCGCGUACGUGCUCAUGGGGGGGGGCUUGCAGGUCUACGCGCACUCGCGGAACAGCCAGGUCUCCACAAUGGUGAAGUCGUGGUCGUUGUCGUCGAGCCGGAGUUGCAGCCGCCCGACCAUCGUGGACGAGCAUUGCCUUUUCGAGCUCGGGAAGACGGUGCAGAGCAGAGAAACCGUGGUGGUGUUGGAGUGCUCGGAGGUGCUCCGCGUAGACAGGAAGAGAUUCCACGAGGCGGUGCGGUCCCUGCACGCCAAGCACAAUCGGGCGCUGGAGAAACGCCGCGAGGCGGAGAUGCGAGAGCUGCGCCUGGACGGCGCAGACUCGCCCAGGUCAGAAGGCAGCCUGUCUUCUUCAGCAGCCGUCUGCGGCCACAUGAACCGGCAGGUAUCGCCAAUGACAUUCCGGCCACGCAGCUUGGCGCAGCUCCACGACGAUAAUACCAAGCUACCCGGGGGAGCCCUGCACCACAUCGUGGCUGGUACCGCCACCGCUGGAUAG